AUGCAGUUCAAAGAUGUUAGUCUCCAGGUGGACGCCAACCAUGGUGUCAGAGAUGAUGGUGGCCGUGGCUGCAGUGGUGACAAAUGGUGGCUUCGGGACCGCAUCCAGCCGCAGUCGGUGCAGGCUGUAGUGAUGCAAGAGCAGACCGCUGGGAAGGGACACCUUGAUGUGGCAGCGUGGUUUGCGUGCGACCGAGGUCGGAAGUGGAGACUGGUUCCCAGCAAGAGCGGAGCGCUGUGGGGGCAUGGCGGCUUAGAACGGACCAUCUCGGCCGCCAGCCAUGGCAGGGUGAGGCACCCUCAGCCACCAGCGCGGCUGCUCCCUGGCGUGGGCGUGACCGGUUCUCCGGUGCGGGAUCCGGCCGGCGGCGACGUGCAGCUUGCGAUGCGAAAGCAGCGGGAGGAGGGAUGCACGCCUCAGUACGCGCCACGGCAGACGGAGAUGCGGAAACGUGGCCCUGCCACCUCGCCUCGGCACAGGAUGAGCCGGUUCCACGGCGCGUGCGCGGCCGGCCCCGGACGCACGCGGCUCUGUCGUCGCGACCCCGGUCUCGCCGCACCUGGAGCCCGCUGCCGCGCCAGGAGCCCCCGUGGCGUCUGGAGCCCGCUACCUCGCCAGCUCGUCGGUGGCAGGGACCCGCGGCGGUGGCUUGCGCGCCGCCGCUUGCCGGCGACCCGCGGUCAGCCGCACCCACAGGCUGGGAGCCGCCGCCAGAUCCCCGCCUCGCCGCCUGUCGCGAGGGGCCAGCUCACCGUCGCGCCAGCUCAUCGGCGACCGCAAUUCAAGCCCGCUCUAGUGACCCUGCAAGCAGAGGUUGGAGUGGAGAGCAGGGGUGGGGGCGGCGGUCCGGCGGAGGAGGCGGAGGGGAGAGGGGACGAGCGUCUCCCACGAAGCUUCGCGAUGGCUCCGGUCUUAUGCUGA